AUGGCUGAUAAGGUCGUCGAUAACUAUGUCCAGCCAGCUAUUCCUCGCUUCGAUGGUCACUAUGAUCACUGGAGCAUGUUAAUGGAGAAUUUUCUACGAUCCAAAGAAUAUUGGACUCUCGUGGCAACCGGCUUUGUGGAACCUGAAACUGGAGCAGUUUUGUCAGAAGCACAGCAGAAGAGACUCGAUGAACAAAGGCUGAAGGAUCUCAAGGUGAAAAAUUACUUAUUUCAGGCAAUUGAUCGUACAAUUCUAGAGACCAUUCUCCGGAAAGAAACUUCAAAGCAGAUAUGGGACUCAAUGAAGAAGAAAUAUCAAGGCACAUCGAAGGUCAAUCGCUCCCAACUCCAAGCACUUUAUCGAGAAUUCGAGACCCUACAAAUGAAAUCUGGUGAGAGUGUUUCAGAUUAUUUUUCAAGGACAAUGACGAUUGCAAAUAAGAUGCGGAUCCAUGGUGACCAGAUACAAGAUGUUAUCAUCGUGGAAAAAUUUUUUCGCUCCAUGACUAUGAAAUUUGAUUACAUAGUCUGUUCAAUUGAGGAGUCCAAGGACAUUGAUGAACUAUCGGUUGAUGAGUUGCAGAGUUUGUUACAGGUCCAUGAGCAAAAUCUUAACCGUAGUACCACAGAGGAGCAAGCCUUGAAGGUCUCAACCAAUGGUGAAUCUUCAGCAGCAAGAGGAUUCGGUUGA